AUGAAAAGAAUCGAGGAUGUGAACAUCACACGUUCAAUAAUAAUCGGAACAUCUGCCUCUUUAAUAAAGAAUCCUACAACGGACAACACGCAUACCUGGAAAUUCUACGUUAAAUCACCAACCAACACACCGAUGAACUACAUUUCUAAAGCGGUGCUCACACUCCAUGAAACGUUCAAAGACCCGGUACGCACAAUAACACAUCCCUUCGUGCUUGAGGAGAAGGGUUGGGGCGAGUUCAACAUCAAUGUUAAGCUGUUCUUUAACGAUUUGAACGAAAAAUUCAUUACAUUAUCUCAUUUUUUGAAAUUGUACGGGGAGAACAACGAGGAGGUGGUAGUCAAUGAAAAGAGGGAGACCAUUGUUUUUCGGUCACCUAGCAAGCGGUUAUAUGACAUGUUAGAUGAUGAAGAGGCGUGUGAUGAUGGAAGUGACGAGGAAAAAAUAGAGAAUGCCUUGAAGUAUGUACUGAAGAAAUAUGAAGAGCUGCCAUAGAAGAGCCCGUGGAAGAAUCGCUGCAAUGGAUUGGCCAGAUGAAAAUGGGUAAAUUUAGAGCAGUUCUGGUAGUACCUUACAUCCGUGACUUGAUAAGAAGGAGAACAGUGCAAAAUCGGUAUAGCACGGCGUAAAAUAAUAACAUUGGCACGAUGAUAAGAUCGGAAUAAAUCGUAAAUGUGAAUAAAUGUUUGAAAAGAAUGUCUGAGUAAAGCACAUUUGUUUAAUAUUUUUCUUACGGCACAGUAGCGCUUGCCUUAACUUCAGAAAACAGUUUUGUCAGCAGUUUAUUGAACUAUAGCCAGGUAGAACGAAGUAUGUAUGGGGUGACAAACCUCGUUGUGGUUGAGAGUUGAAUUUUAAAGAAUGUGCAGAUAAUUCGGAAAAUAUUGAAAGAUUGGUCAAACAGGACGAACAUAUCCUGUACACGUGGCAAAUGAUACUUUUGGAACAAUUAUUGAUGCUCACGAACAGAUAUGGCCAGGUACAUAAUUGCCAAUGAUCGUGGGUAACAGCAGUCACGUAAGCACAGAAAUAACCUGAACGUAAAUUAUUUAUUUUUAUUGCGAUGAGAAGUCCUGGGAUCUGUUCGAAUUACCAGUGUCUUUGCUGUGAAACUACAACAAAUAUUUUUUCCUCAUUCAUCACCGGUGUAUGUAAUUGAAUGCCCUGUAACAUUCCCAUCGGUAUCCUGGCACUAAAACUCAUGGUUGCACUGGAAUAGGUGACAGGCCUUCGUAAAGUCAGAAAUGCUAAAGUGUCACAGUCAUAUAUACGCAGUGUGCUGAAAUACUUCACUAAACCACCAAAAGUAUUUCAAGCAACGGGUACACUGUGCUUAACACGUAUGUGCAAGGGAAUGAUUUGGAACGUAAUGUGUUGAUGUGUGAUUUUGAGCCUUCUUACAUUCACAGGUUGUGCAAUUAAUUUCGUAAUUCAAUUGGAGCUACAGGAACAUCUGAUGAAUGCAUCUCAGCGUUUCUCGGUGUUGCCGUGUAAGAAGGUAGGUAACAGUACUUUUAGUUAGAAUAAACUAAAUUAC